AUGGAUAUGACAUGUUGUAUUCCAGGCUGUCCUAAAGGGAAUAAAAUGAACGAGGAAGAGUUGGACGCACUGGCCGUGGAUAAUUUCCGUGCUUAUCUUCGAUUUCCUACCGUGCAUCCAAAUCCAGACUAUUCCGCGGCGGUUCAUUGGCUACGACAGCAAGGCGAGAGCCUAGGCUUGACUUGUUUCAUAACUGAACUAAUCCCCUCCAAUCCGAUCCUGAUCAUGCGGUGGAAAGGUCGGGAACCAGAUUUGCCUGCCAUUUUGUUGAAUUCCCACAUGGAUGUUGUUCCUGUGAAGGAGGAGAAUUGGACUUACCCACCAUUCUCUGGUGUGCUCAGUGAGGAUGGAAAGAUCUAUGGUCGAGGUUCACAGGAUAUGAAGUGUGUGGGCAUUCAUCAGUUGGAAGCAGUGCGUCGGUUGAAGAAUCGUGGUAUUGCCGAACUCCGCCGUACAGUCUUCCUGAGUUUUGUUCCUGAUGAGGAAUUAGGCGGGGUUCGCGGUAUGCAGCCGUUCAUCGAAGGAAAACACCCACUUCAUCCCGAGUCACCAAAUGAGGUCCAGUUUACCAAAUUAAACAUUGGGCUUUGCCUAGACGAAGGAAUUGCCAGCCCGACAGAUGACUACGUGGCAUUCUACGCAGAACGGACUCAAUGCUGGUUCAACAUCCGUUUUAAGGGCGUUGCCGGUCACGGUUUGACCUUGCUGGAUGGCACAGCAGGCGAGAAGUUACAACUGUUCCUCAGU